CGGCAAGUCGCGGUGGUAGAUUUGGGUGCGGUAUCGCUGUCUCCUCGACUCUUUGCUUUGCUUUCCUCUACUUUGCUUUGCUUUUGAACCGUGCAGUGCAGUGCAUAUCCGCGUCCCAUUCCUACCUUGUACAUACCACACCCAUCGACUACAAUGGCGAGCGCAGCAAGCAUAGCGCGGAACUGCCGCAAGAUAAUGUGCAUAGGCCGCAACUACGCGGCGCACAUCGCGGAGCUGAACAGCGCGACACCGCGACAGCCGUUUUUCUUCCUCAAGCCCGCGUCGUCCAUCCUGCUGCCCGGCGCCGGGCCUGUGCUCAGGCCCAAGGGCGUGAACAUGCACUACGAGGUCGAGCUGGGGCUUGUCAUGGGGCGGCAGGUGCGGGAUUUGCGCGAGGAUGAUGAGCAGGGGGCGAUGGAUGCUAUUUCGGGAUAUCUGCUCGCCAUCGACAUGACGGGCCGCAACGUGCAGGAAGAAGCGAAGAAGAAAGGCCUCCCGUGGUCCAUCGCCAAGGGCUUCGACACCUUCCUCCCCAUCUCGCAGCUGAUCGCCAAGUCGCGCAUUCCCGAUCCGCAAAACGCCCACAUCUGGCUGUCCGUGAACGGGGAGAUGAAGCAGUCCGACAGCACCGCGCUGAUGCUGCACCGCAUUCCGGAACAGCUAAGCGCCAUCAGCAGGGUUAUGACGCUCGAGGCGGGUGAUAUCAUUCUGACAGGAACGCCAAAGGGUGUCGGGCCGGUGAAGACGGGGGAUGUUAUGAGGGCGGGAAUCAAGGUUGAUGGGAAGGAUAUUGACGAGGCGACGCUAGAGGUGCCGGUUGAGGACCGCGAGGGGUUGUAUGCGUUUGCCGAGACAUGAGAGGUUGGAAAGCCGUAAAUGAAAGUGUCUGAGCCACGCUCUACUUCUUCUUUGGAGAAAUUCCUCG